GCGCUUUAUGCCUGGUGCCGCCGCUCGCUCGUGCAAUCUGCUCGCUCCAUCCAUCGCCAUCGUCGCCAUUGCGCUCCUGUCUGCUCUGUUUUACUCGUCAUCAUCAACUCUGUCUUCAUUAGCCUCGGGUUCAGCAGUGACCAGUACGAGUCCGAAUCCAGUCGCAGCGAUGGCAAACCCUGCGAAUCUCACUCAGCGAGUGCUUACGUGCUGGUUCCGCAACUGGGACCGCACGCCGCCGGUACCUGGCCCCAUCAUGUCCAAGUGGUUUGCUCGGGACGACCAGUUUGACCAGGAAAUCAAAUCAAACUUUGAGAGCGACGUGAUUGCUGCUGGCAAAGGCGCAUUCGAUGACGUCGCUGCGAAGAGUGCGAAUGAUGCACUUGCAGUUGCAAUUCUGCUCGACCAAUUCCCGCGAAACGCCUUCCGCGGAACUGCCCAGGCCUUUGCGUUUGACCAGAAGGCGCGAGAAAUUGUCUUCCGCGCGCUGGAUGCCGGCUUUGAUGCGCACGUGCACCCUGUCGAGCGACAAUUCUUUUAUCUCGUGCUCAUGCACCACGAGAAUCUUGAAUCGCAGCAACGCUGUGUCCAGCUCGAAGAGAAGCUGUCUCGAGAGCACGGAGAAGUGUACCCAUUCCUGAAGCACGCAGUCUCGUUUGCCAAAGACCACGCGAAUGUCAUUGAACGUUUUGGGCGCUUCCCGUCGCGAAACGCUGUUCUCGGCCGCGAAUCCACUGCUGAAGAAAAGACCUUCCUCGAGUCGCACAAGGGAUGGUGAUUGGAUUUCGUUCCAGUGCUCUGCUGAGGUGUUUUUGUCCACGAGAACGUAAAGUUCAUGUUGAACCUGUGAACAUUUUCGUCCUUCUGAUCAUAACAAUUCCUGUUUCCCACCCCAGCGAACUCUUUCUGAGCUUCUCGGUGCUAUUUGACAUUGCUACUGUGCUUGUUGCCAUUGUCAGUCCUUUUUCCAUCUGGUUUCAGUCAGAAUGACCAUUUCGUUCAAUAGCGAACGAGCUGCGAUUCAAGCACUGCUCGCGCCAGUCACUUCUCC